AUGUAUAAAUCAGCGGCGCUGCUGCUGGUGGCAGUCCUACUGCCCAUGCUCGCCUACAGCCGCCCCAUGAACGGCGAGCCCAUGUUCGGCGCGGCCUCGGACGCUCUCGACGCCAUCUUCCGCGCUGACGACUACGAAGCGGCCGAAGGACUGUAUUACGCCGCUGGACACGGCGCACCUUCUGCCGCCCGAGCCGCCAGACCUGGCCCAUUUGCGGCUCUUCACCAAGAGGAAGACUUUGGCUCGCUGCCUGCCUUCACGCACCCGACAUCCUUCGCCACGCUUCACAAUGUGGACUACGAAGGCGACUUGACAAAGGCCAGCCUCGAGGAGCGCCAGCUCGUGGUGGAAAAGUUCCGAAACGACUUCCGCGUGGGCCCCGGAACCAACGUGCACUUCAACGACGAUCCCAGCCAGCUCAUGCCCCUGCGCCGUUUCCCUAACGGCAAGAUCAUCAAGCGGCACGUCGACUUCGUCAAGCGCAUGCGCGGCACCGAGUUUUGGCAGUCGCCCUCGGGCGGGCCCGGUCGAGAGUACGUCAUCAACGGCUACAUCGUCCACCACCUACUCGAACUCGCAAGCAGCAGCGACCAGGUCCGUGUCUACUAUGUCAUGGCCGUGCCCCUCGAGGAGCUCGCCAGGGGAAAGACGGAGCGCGGCCGCCCGAGCCUCGCCAAAAAGGUCAUCGAGGUCGGCCAGCUGGUGCUGCCUCUGAGGUAG